AUGGCGGAGCAGUUCGUCAAGUUUUAUUAUGAUACUUUCGAUGGCAAAGGACCCACUGAGCCGAAAGGACGAGAAGCGCUCCGCGGGCUCUAUCAUGAUGAGUCGAUGUUGACUUUCGAGACAUCCUGUGUCAAAGGCACGAGCGCUAUCAUGGAUCAGCUUCUGGGUCUGCCGUUUCAAAAAGUUGAACACGUUCAGUCGACAAUCGAUGCUCAGCCAACAGCAGAGGGUGGAGUUGUGGUCCUUGUGACAGGUGCUUUGAUGUGGAAUGUGGAGGUCCUAAAAGACGAGUUGGAGACCACGGGGAAUGGUGCAAGUACCAUAGCCGCAUUCUUAAACACCUGGGUAGGACAGCCUAAUGCCAAGAUGCGCUAUAGCAACGGCAGAAAGGUCUUGGCAUCCCAAAGCAGAAAUAGCAACAGGUUGACCUUAACUACCUUUCCACCUGAUUAUUCCAUCAUCGUGAUGGAACUCUCCUCCCAGCCAAACACUUCUAUACUUUUCCAAUAG